UUCAUCAUCUAUCACAUCACGGGCGGUCCUAAAACAUGUAGCGGAAUUAUUUGUUCAUUAAAUCAUCAUCAUAAAUAGAAAUAAUUUAAUAUUAUCAAUUUUAUUGGAAACAAUUGUAGUUAUUCCAUAUUUAGUUACAUUUUAUAAAACCACACUCGAUUGUCGUCAUCAAUGGGUAACUAGGCAAAAUGGUAUUAGCGAUGCGGAAAAUAUUCCUGAUUUGUAUUCGCGAGGUUAAUUAAAUUAUUACAGUUAUUGGCUUACCAUUGUGAAGGAAGGACGGAGCCCUCUAUAUAUUAUUUCUAAAAAUUAAACCAUAAUUUAUAACGUGAAAAUGGCGACAAACAAAAUGGCACAUGAAGAGCUGAAAUACGGAGAGUUUCUGGCGCGUAUGUAUCGCAGCGACUGCAAGGAAGUUAUCGAUGCAGAACAUCAAAGGAUUAUCAGUGAAAAAGUAGAAGGCACCUUUACGGCCGAAAAAGAAAACAGAAGUUUGAACCAGUUCGCCCACACCGUGUGCUUCGAUCACUCGAGAGUGAUUCUGCCAAAGGAGCGGAACGGAGGGAACUACAUAAAUGCUAACUAUAUUGACGGCUUUGAACACACUAAGAAGUUUAUUUGCGGAGAAGCCCCGACUCGUAGCACGUGCUACGAUUUUUACAGAAUGCUGUGGAUGGAGCAAGUCCAGAUAAUCGUGAUGCUGACCCAAAAGAAAGAAAAUGGAAAAGAAAAAUGCUACCCGUACUGGAGCGACGUGGAAAAAACUUCGUUCCGGUUCGGGAAGUUUCAAAUUACGACCACCAACGUUGAGAAGUUCCCUCAUUAUGUUAAAUCAAUCCUUGUGCUGACCGAUGGGACUAAAGCAACGCAAACGGUGACACACUUUAAUUUUACUGCUUGGCCAGACCACGACGUGCCCAAAAAUCCGUCAGAGUUUGUGAGUUUCGUCCUGGAGGUCAGACAACGCCAGAGGGAACUCCAUGAAAACUCGCUCCAGAAUGGCCACAAACGCUCCCAGCCGCCGCCAAUUGUUGUGCACUGUAACGCCGGGCUGGGAAGGACUCCCUGCUAUUGCGUGGUCGAUAUCAGCAUUUCGAGGUUUCAUCAGACUCAAACCAUUUCAAUUCCGUCCAUAGUGUCCGAUAUUAGGCAAAAAAGGUACCACAGCUUGUUCAAUCCCUUCCAGUACUUUUUUUGCUACGAAGCGGUUAAAUUGUACUUGGAAUCAGCCGUCACGAAAGCUUCGGUAAAGGUGGGUCCAGUCCAACAAGUUGUAUCGUAUUUAAAAAAUUUAAUCAAGUAAAUUAUUGGUAAACUUAGUUUGAAUUUAAGUUGCUCAUGUCCUUGCUGUAAAACGAUCUCUUUACUUCAAGUAUUACUAUGUUGUAAUUUAUAUAACAUGUGUGAUAUAAAUGUCUGAGA